CUCCUCUCCCCCUCUCACCUCAAUCUAAUCAGUGCCCUGUUCAACAACCAGCCAUACCCUUCAAAACUUACCCAAGCAAACAAUCAAAUAAAAUAUAUUUUCGAUAAAGAAUACGACCAUCUACUGAGAAAAUGUCGACCAGCUCUGAUUCCUUAUUUGCUUAGUCGCAAUAUUGCAUGGAGACAUAUGCCAAAUUCAUGUCCAGGUCGAAUGGCUGAUAGGCUAUAAUCAAGCCACGAAGACAGUAAGUUGUGUAUGUGCAGACUGGAAAUGAUCAAGCCAGUCGAAGUAGUCGGGACAGGGAUGAGCCUCGUGUUUAUGGGUAGUAACUACGUUGUAAACUGGCGAUUUCUUGAUAAUGAUACUAUCUAAGUCUGUGGUGUAUGGCUAAUUCGAGUUACAAAAGUUCAUGCUAUAUCAUGGAAGAAUACAGCCCAAUCUACGGUAUGCAUGCUCUUAUAUUGGUUCUUGGUAGUGGGUAUGUCCUCCGCCUAUCAUGUCCCUCAAGAAUGCCUCGUUAUACGAUGCUCGGGUUGGAGCAUAUGGGCCAGAGUUCUCCUUCGCGGGACUAUAUCUUCUGUAUACGGCUGUUGAGAUAUCAAAUACUGGUAGAUUAGAUGUCCACUUCGACUAGAUAUGGCUGUCUUGGCUCUAGAUGAUCACUUAAUGACCACUCUGCUGUUUAUCC